UUCGCAAACCUGAUAAAAAAGAUCACUCCCAGCUUCAUCUUCCACUUUUUCUCUUUCUUUUGCUCUGUCACUCUCUGUAAUCUAUCUAGAACUACUCUGAAAAGAAUACGGACGAGGAUUUCUCCGGCGACGGUGAGGGGUUUGGUUGGGAACCACCAUGGUCGACGUCGACCGAAGGAUGACCGGUCUGAACCCGGCCCAUAUAGCUGGUUUGCGGCGGCUCUCUGCUAGGGCGGCCGCACCAUCCACUGUCUCUACUGCUCUGCCGGUUCGGAACGGGCUUAUUUCUUUCACGUCGCUGGCUGAUAAGGUCAUCGCUCACCUGCAAAACUCUGGUAUACAGGUUCAAGCCGGCCUGUCGGAUGCGGAGUUUGCCCGCGCUGAGGCGGAAUUUGGUUUCGCGUUUCCACCGGAUCUUAAGGCGGUUCUCUCCGCUGGGUUGCCGGUGGGACCUGGGUUUCCGGACUGGCGCGCUGCUGGGGCUCGUCUUCGGCUCCGGGCGUCGCUUGAUCUGCCUAUAGCUGCGAUAUCGUUCCAAAUUGCUCGCAACUCUCUCUGGUCCAAGUCUUGGGGUCCGAGACCCUCCGACCCGGAGAAGGCUUUGCGGAUCGCGAGGAAUGCUCUGAAGAGGGCGCCACUUUUGAUACCCAUCUUCAACCAUUGCUACAUUCCCUGCAAUCCAUCUUUAGCGGGAAACCCCAUUUUCUUCGUGGACGAGAAUCGGAUCUUCUGCUGCGGUUUGGAUCUAUCUGAUUUCUUCGAGCGCGAGUCUCUGUUUCAAAGCUCUGACCCGCAGGUUCUCAAGAAGCAAAGAUCCGUUAGCGAAAAAACAGCCGGUUCUUCUUCGAAUUUCUCUCGUAGAAGCUUAGAUACCGGUGGCCUCGCCGGCGGGAGGACGCCCAGAUGGGUGGAGUUUUGGAGCGAUGCCGCCAUUGAUCGGAGGCGCAGAAACUCAUCGUCCUCUUCGUCUUCGUCCCCGGAGCGCUUCUUCGACAUGCCUAGGUCCGAAAUCCCGAAAUGGGUCGAUGAGUACAUCGAACAAAUUGGGUCAGUCCUGAGAGAAGGCGGGUGGGACGAAUCCGAUAUUGCAGAAAUAGUAACCGUUUCGGCCUCCGGAUUCUUCGAAGGGGAGAUGGUUCUGUUGGAUAACCAAGCCGUUCUCGACGCACUGCUUCUGAAAGCGGAUCGGUUUUCAGACUCGCUCCGGAAAGCCGGGUGGAGCUCCGAAGAAGUAUCGGAUGCAUUAGGGUUCGAUUAUCGACCGGAGAAAGAACGGAAACCGGCUAAGAAGUUAGCCCCAGAGCUCGUCGAGAGAAUCGGAAAACUGGCUGAGUCGGUCUCCAGGUCAUGAAACUGGAAUCUGCGAUUUUUUUCUUUUUUUUUUUUUCUCUUCCUGAAUUUCAAAGCCUCGGGUUUGCUUUUCCCUCUUUUGGGUAUAAACGAAAAAACAAAAGAAAAAGGAAAAAAAAAUCGGGAAACGCGCGGUGUACUAUGAAAGGAACGCGUAUAAAAAGAUCAAAGAGUUGGAGAAAUAUAUUACUAUUGUUAUUAUAAAUAUUUUACUUAAUUAAUAAAUAGUUAAAUAUUGGUCUCAAA